CUCAUUCAAAAAUUGAAUCGCCAAGCAAAAACAAUCAUAAGAUCAAAUCUCCAAUAAAGAUAACCCCACAAUUGUUGGCUAAAACUAGUAAAACUCAUAACUCAACAUUUUCAAUGCCUGCAAGAAAAAAUACUCAAAACAAAUCUCCAAUGAAAAGAUUUUCCCAAAGUUGUAUGUAUUUAAAUAUUUUUGAUUUAAAUUGUAUAACAUUUUCUGAUGUUUUGAAUCUAUAUUAUGUUUUAUAGACAAUGAUCAAUAUUUAGUUGUUGAAUCUGAUAGAAAAAAAAAUGGAAAUACAUUUCGAAGCCUGUCUCCUGAUUUGUGUAUGUUUGUUUCUUUAUAAAUGUUAAAAUUGAUAUAUUUAAUUGAUUUUAUCCUUUUUUUUUUAUAGUAUUGAGUAGUACAGAAUUUUUACCAUCUCCCAAAAUGACAAAAAUCAUUGAUCAACAUAACUCGCAUAGAACUCAUUCAAAAAUUGAAUCGCCAAGCAAAAACAAUCAUAAGAUCAAAUCUCCAAUAAAGAUAACCCCACAAUUGUUGGCUAAAACUAGUAAAACUCAUAACUCAACAUUUUCAAUGCCUGCAAGAAAAAAUACUCAAAACAAAUCUCCAAUGAAAAGAUUUUCCCAAAGUUGUAUGUAUUUAAAUAUUUUUGAUUUAAAUUGUAUAACAUUUUCUGAUGUUUUGAAUCUAUAUUAUGUUUUAUAGACAAUGAUCAAUAUUUAGUUGUUGAAUCUGAUAGAAAAAAAAAUGGAAAUACAUUUCGAAGCCUGUCUCCUGAUUUGUUGUUGCAUAGUCCAGGAUCUUCACCAUCUCCCAGAACAACAAACACCAUCAAUCUACAUAACUUUUCUGCCAACAGUAGUAUGUCAAAUCACUUUAAUAAAAUCCAAAGAAGCCCUUUUAAGACACCCACCAAAAAAAUUGAAUCUGCGAGAAAACAAUUGUUUGUUAAUUCUGAAAUUCCUGAAAAUUCAUUGCCGAAAACAGCCACUAAUAGUCAACAUUAUCGUUCUCCUCACAAAAGUGUCUCUUAUAAGUCGUAUGAAUCAAAUGUAAAAAAAAGAAGCCCUGUAAAAACUUCAACUAUUAAGGCAAAAAAGUAUUUAUCAGAUGAACAAUUCAAAGAAUUCAUGCAACAUAAUGUAAUACUUCUAAAACAUAAUAUGAGAAACCUGGACGAAAAACUGACUAUGCUACUUGAACAGACUAAAAAAAAUGAUUCCUACAUCAAUGAUAGUAACGAUAAAGAAACUAUUGAUUAUUCACAUCUUGAUUGCUUCUUUCCAAUCUGCGAUGAAACUACACUAGAUGCUAUUGAAGAACAAUUAUCUGUGGACAAAAUAUACAAUACUGAAAUGAAAAACAAGCUGAUAGGACUUGGUGGAAAAACAGUAAAGAUUUUUGUUAAACGAAUCAUGCAAUUUCUAUUUACUGACAGUCUCUUAAAGUUGUAUUCUUUCCAUGGUAGAGGAAAUAAAAAGAAGUGUUUUUCAAAUCUUGCCAUUUCAAAAGUCAUAUUCAGUAAGUUUCUAAAAUAAUUAGUAUUAAUAUAGUU